CGCUAUGAAUGAGGUGGGUCUUGACUCUCGCCGUGUAAGCUACUGUUGAAAUUCCAAUGCUAACCAACUUUAGCCAGCUUGCUAACAUGUAAUUCAGCGAAUGUGAAGAACUACAUAUACGGCGGUACUCUGGAUCUAAAGACCUAAAUGAUACCAAUAUCCAAAACGGGUACAUUGUAAAAGUCGUCUUCAUGCUUGCUACUGCGUGUGUCUCAGUUACUGCAACCAGGACAUGUCCAGUUAGCCUAAACGCAGCACUCGGUGGAUAACGAACCCUGGCAGAGCUAGCCGGUGAGCCCGUUUGGACUGGGUCUGCUUCGAGGGAUUUGAACAGAUUUCAACGCUCAGAGGACAAAGCCGGAUGCUGUGACUACCAUGAGUCCCGCAGGCUGCCCCCAUGUCAACGGCUUCAAAGUGGACAACUGGAAGCAGAACCUGAGGGUUAUUUAUCAGUGUUUCGUGUGGAGUGGCUCAGCUGAGACCAGAAAGCGCAAGGCCAAGUCAUGUAUCUGCCACAUGUGCGGCGCCCACCUCAACAGACUCCACUCCUGUCUCUACUGCGUCUUCUUCGCCUGCUUUGCCAAAAAACAUAUCCAUGAACACGCCAAGAGCAAGAGGCAUAACCUAGCUAUCGACCUGCUGUACGGGGGAAUUUACUGCUUUAUGUGCCAAGACUACAUUUACGACAAAGAGAUGGAACAGAUUGCCAAAGAGGAACAAAGGAAGGCCUGGAAGAUGCAAGGUAUAGGGGAAAAGUACUCAACGUGGGAACCCACAAAGAGGGAGCUGGAGCUGCUCCGCCACAACCCCAAAAGGAGGAGGAUCACCUCCAACUGUACAAUUGGCCUGCGCGGGCUGAUAAAUCUGGGCAACACAUGCUUUAUGAACUGCAUCGUCCAGGCGCUGACACACACUCCACUGCUGCGGGACUUUUUCCUCUCCGACCGCCACAAAUGCGAGAUGCAGAGCAACUCCUGCUUGGUGUGUGAGAUGUCGCAGCUCUUCCAGGAGUUCUACUCAGGCCACCGCUCACCUCACAUCCCGUUCCGUCUCCUUCACCUUGUCUGGACCCACGCCCGUCACCUGGCCGGUUACGAGCAGCAGGACGCCCACGAGUUCCUCAUCGCAGCACUGGACGUCCUGCACAGACACUGCAAAGAUGACAACGGGAAAAAAGCCAACAACCCGAACCACUGUAACUGCAUCAUUGACCAAAUCUUCACAGGGGGCCUGCAGUCUGACGUCACCUGUCAAGUCUGCCAUGGCGUUUCAACAACUAUAGACCCGUUUUGGGACAUCAGCUUGGACCUGCCAGGCUCUUCUACACCAUUCUGGCCUCUCAGCCCCGGAGGAGAUGGAUCAGCACUUAAUGGAGAGAGUCACACCACUGGAGCCACAACACUGACGGACUGUCUGCGCAGGUUCACCAGACCAGAACACCUCGGGAGCAGCGCGAAGAUCAAGUGCAGUGGCUGCCAUAGUUACCAGGAGUCUACCAAACAGCUGACGAUGAAGAAGCUGCCCAUCGUGGCCUGCUUUCACCUCAAAAGAUUUGAGCAUUCAGCCAAACUACGGCGGAAGAUCACGACUUAUGUCUCCUUCCCUCUGGAGCUGGACAUGACCCCAUUCAUGGCCUCUAGUAAAGAAAGCCGAAUGAAUGGACAGUACCAGCAGACUGUGGACCCUUUCAACAAUGACAACAAAUAUAGUUUGUUUGCAGUGGUGAACCACCAGGGGACACUAGAGAGCGGCCAUUACACCACUUUCAUCCGACAGCACAAGGACCAGUGGUUCAAAUGUGAUGAUGCAAUCAUCACCAAGGCUAGCAUCAAGGACGUACUGGAUAGUGAAGGGUACCUUUUGUUUUACCACAAACAGUUCCUGGAGUACGAAUAGGUCCCUCCAUCAGCACCGCCUGCAGGAGGAGCUGAGGGAGGAUGCAGGGAUUAGUUGCACGGGAAAAGGUAAUGGAGUGAUGAGAAAGGCAAAGAAACACAAGCCUAUCUUAUUCACUCUCAUUGGCAACACUCACUCUGUCACAGAACCACCCUUACUUACAUGCCAGUCUAGUUCCUCUGUGUGACAUUCAAGGACAGUGUCUGCUGUGCAGGAGAAAUCUGAAUGGAUGGGCCCUAAAGGAACUUUAUGUGCUUGUUUUCACUUGAAUUCAGGGGAUGAAGAAGAAAGCAGCUUUAAAAGUCUGUUUUCAGAUACUAGAAGAAAAGUCUCGUGUCUCGACAUUUUUCUCUUAUCAGACACAAACUGAAGAGAAGCUUCACUUGAUCACAAACGCUGACCUUCACCAAUGUCUCGCUACAUGCUCCUUGCACAGCUGCAUAAAGUACCGUGUAGGGGAAGAAGUGAAGCAACAGCUUUCAGCAGAGCUAAAAAAUCUCUGCUGUGAUUUUUUUUUUUCUUUUCUUUCUUUUUCUUCUUUUUUAUUCACUUAACCUGCAAGGGCAACCUUCUGGACACAAGCACACUCGUCUGACACACCUACACUCCUCCAAAAGACCAAAUAUUUCAAGAAUCGAAGUUUUCUUAUGCAUUUUAGUUCAGAGUGCAACGACUGGGAAAGAAACAAGUACCACCCGAUGAAUAAGUAUUCUGUCUGAAGUCGAUUCCAUUUUUAUUACUUGUGAGUUUGUUGUUAAUUUCCCUGAAAAGGACACGAAGGAUCAGUUAUUUUCUGCCUGUCUCGUCAAAGGGGAAAAUACAGUAGAUAUAUUUUUAUACAUACUGCAGUUAAAAGCAUUUGUUUACGGUUUUGCAUUCUCCCUGAACUCUCACAUUGUUUGUCUGUCUUACAUUGUGCUGUCAAUCAUAUAUAUAUAUAUUUUUUUUUUUUUUCUUUGAACACAAAAGGCAAAAUAAUGCUGAUGAUUUUCACGACACUGCUGCUUUUUUUUUUUUUUUUUUUAAUAAAGCUUAAUUUAAUUUUUUCUCCACGUCGUAAUGAUGCUAUUUCAGGUAAAUGGCAAAAAAAAAAAAAGAAAAAGUACAUGAAACAAAAAAGGAGGGUAGUGAGUCUGUGUAGUGGGUCACGGGCUCAGUCCUGCAGUGUUAACUGUCGGCCGCAUGUUGCUCUACUUCAGUGUGUUUAUAUGUGUGUGAAUGUGUGCACGUGAAUAUGCCCGAGAAAGGGGAGGUUUAAAAAAAAAUUAAAAAUAACUCAACAUAGGUGCGUUUAUAUAAAAUGUGUUAUUGAGUGUAAAGAGACAAAAAAAAAAAAAAAAAAAAAA